CAGAAUUUAGCAACAAUUCAGCAUACGGGCGGACCUUACCAAAGUUCAGCCGCUGGGCCUCAUCAGAAGCCAUCGGACAGCAUGUCCCAGAUGCCACAACCCGGAGGUCAGCCGGCUCCUGCUCCCGCGCCCGGCCCAGCGCCUUCGCAACUGAAUCCUCAGAAGCAGAAGCUCAAUGCGUCUACGGGUCCGGAGCCUGGAAAACCUGCUAAGAAACGUCGCGUCGGACCUCCAAAGACAUCACAGCAACCGGCGUCGUUUGCGUUCACGAAUGCUGCGCAUCCCUCAAUUCCGCUAGGUGGGCUGUCAGCCUUCAGUUACUCUCCCGCAACCACGCCGGGGCUCAAGGCGAAGGAUUAUCUGAAACACCGCGCCGACAUUGUGAAGCCUAUAGAUGAAGCGGAUGCUGCUCGGAAGCUGACUUAUGACCCUAAGACCAUUGCCAGAGAUGUCCUGAUUGCAUCCGGUCGUCAUCCAACUGAAGAAGCUCUGAACCACCACCUCUUCCGUCUACGUGAUGUGUUCACGCAUGUGGAAAACGGGUCAGAUCUGGCGACAUUUCGAUGGGAUUUAGUAGAUUUACAAGAAGCACGUGACCAAGGACGGACGGGCGCUUCCCUUCCGCCGUCCAACCAACUUUCCGCGCCGCGUCCCGCGCUGCGACCGCCGCAGCCGAUUCCUGCUCCGCCUCAUCUGAACUUCCCAUCAGCCCCAGUCCCGCCAUCAUCUGUACAACCUCAGCAGGUAUUGCCUCCGAGCCCGGAACCGCGAGUGCAGCUAUCUCAACCUCCACCUAGCGCCCAAAUCUCUUUUCAGUCUCCUAGCUCGCAGGUCCAGCAUCCUCCCAGAACCGGUGGUCCUUCUCACUUGUACCCGCCGUACACCCCACUACCACCAUCGCCGCAGCCGCCGCCGCCGCCGCCGCCGCCGCAGCCGCAGUCACGUUCCCCACCCAAAACACCAGCGAGCGCGAUGGUGGGCAAGCGGGGACCCGGUCGUCCGCCUGGGAGCGGCAAUAAGCCCAAGCAGCAGCCGGUACCGACGACGAGCUCACAACCGGUGAAGUACCAGGUUUUCGGCUGUCAGUGGACGACUUGUCGUGCCGAGCUUCAUAACCUGGAGGGGCUUAAGAAACACAUUUUCAAGGUUCAUGUCUCUCAGCAGCUGACUUGCGGCUGGAAGGGAUGCACACACCCGGAGCCCAUGCCUGCGGCGCUGCUCUUUAAGCACGUGAAGAAGGACCAUUUGGACUCUAUCGCUUGGAGGCUGGGCGAUGGACCAUCUGUGCCAAUACCUGGUGAAAAUACCAGCGAAACAGGACUGUCUACGAUUCCUCAGAACGGUCGACCUGGCAUGGAUGACAUGCUCAUCUUCCCGGCGAGUGGUUCGUCGAUCCGCGCCUACCAUAAAGUUCACGGCAGAGCUACCCAGCAGCAAAAAGCGCAGGAAAUCCUCAAGGCUGUGCAGCGACUGAAAGAACAGAUCGGGGUGGGUUUGGACCCGGGCGGGUGCGGAUUGACUAACUUUAUGCGGAAUGAGCGACAGAGCACUGAGGAGGAUGUUUAUGAAGUGGUUGUCUAAACCUAUGGUAUCUCCAUAUUACGGAAACCGGCAUUCUGCAUUGGGUGGUGUGAUCUUUUCUCUUUCUCGGCUUUUCUUGAAUCAAUCAUCCGAGAGCGUCGUUCUCGAAGCGUAGGUGUUACGGUUGCUUUUGUGGAGGGUGUCCUUUGACUCUACCCAGCUCUGGUAUGUCCUCAGCCCGUUACUUACCCAGGAUACCACAAAUUUGUACAUUAACAUAGUGGAAAAGCUGGGAACAUCUGAAAGGUGAUAUACGUCCAUACAAUACACACAUACGAAGACA